AAUGAACAGCAUUUUCGUGAUAGUUUCUUUUGCUCUGGCUAUUCAAUAUUCCCAAUUAGCCACAGUACCAAACACUGAAAUUUAUAAUUGUGAAACUGGAAAAUCAGGUGAUCGUAUUGCAACUUGUGGAAUGUGCUUAGAUGGAAGAAUUCCUUCAGCUGAUAGAGUCAAAUGCUUUAAAUGUCCGGAAUACUGUUCCAUUGGAAAAUGUAAACUAAAAGCUGAUGUUUCAAAUGAAAAUGAUGCUACAUACUGCGAAGGAUGUAUAGAUCGCUACUAUCUCAAGGAAUCGAAAUGUUACGAAUGUCCAACUGGAUGUAGAAAUUGUACAAGUGACAGAGAAUGUUUAGACUGCUAUUCCAAUUACGUAAUGAAAGAUACAUCGAAAGAAUGUGUUACCUGUCCGUCAAAUUGUAUUCAAUGUUCGUGGAGCUCGUCAAUUUCAAGUGCAAUAUGUGAUGUUUGUGACAAUAGAUACAUCAACAAAGAUACUGGAUGCACAUCUUGUCUAGCCUACUGCAAAAUUUGCUCUUACGACAAAAAUAGAGGGAUAAGUUGUAGUUCUUGCGAUAACAAUGCUUACAAGGUAACAAAUGAUAAUAUCAACACUUGUAAAUUGUGCUCAUCUUCAAUAUCUGGAUGCAACAAAUGUUCCGAUAAAGAUACUUGCACUGAAUGUAAAUCUAAGGCCUACGCUCUGACAACUUUAAAUAAAUGUGAAAAAUGUAGCUCAAUUCAUUCAGCAUGUAUUGAAUGUGAUGCUAGAAGUAGUAUCAACAUAUGUACAAAGUGUACAACUGGCUAUUAUCUGAAAGACGGCUCCUGUUCUGCCUGUUCUAGAAACUGUGAUUCUUGUACUGAAACGAAUGAUCUUAUCAAAUGCACAAAAUGCACAAGUUAUUAUACAAAGGUUGAACUAAAGGUUUGUGAUAGAUGUCUGGAUAAUUGUCUUGAAUGUGAACUAUCCUCAAGCAAAACAUUAGUUUGUAAAGCUGGGAGAUGCGAAUCGAAAUAUGCAUUGAAUUCGGACGGUGUGUGCAUCAAAUGUCCAGAUAAUUGUAAUGCAUGUACAUGGGUCUCAGAACAGUCCAGAACUGAAUGUAUUGGAUCAAGCGUAAGUCAUUCUUGUGUAGAAAAUGAAGGUGGACAGUCUUGGACAAGAAAAAGUGACGGAAAAUGUAUUGCCUGUCCCGAUAAUUGCUUGAAAUGCUAUUUUGUAAGCUCUUUAGCUUCGUUACCAAUUUGUUACGCAUCCAAAUGUGCACAAGGCUUUGCUUAUGAUGAUGAGAGUGGAAAUUGCUUUGCUUGUCCAUCUGGUUGUGACUAUUGUAAAAAGCGAUCGACAGGAUAUACAUGCUUAAAAUGCAAAGCAAAUUAUGCUCCAAAAUAUAAGAGUGGUUCCACAGUCAUUAUUGAAUCUUGUAUGCCAUGUUCAAUUGCGAAUUGUGAUUACUGUGAAGUAAUUGGUUCAAAUGUACAAUGUCUUAGAUCUCCUUGCGCUUCAAAGAGAAAUUCAGCAGCAAAUAAAAAGUUCUCAUUUACAACUCAAACAUGUUCCACUGCUUGUCCUGUAGACACUCUUUGCGAUGAAUAUAUGCAAAACGAUGAAAAUGAAGCAUGUUUUUGUAGAUCAUGCGCAGGAGGAGCUGUUAUUCAAGCAGGAGCAAAUGCUGGCUUAUGUAAAAGUUGUGGAGUUGAUUGCUCAGAUUGCGGCCUUAAUAGCGACAAAACGGAUGUUUUAUGUAAAACAUGUACAGGUACAAAAAUCUGGAUUGCCAUAAAUAUUGGUGAUGUACCAACCCCGGGAUGCUAUGAUUGCGCCUCAGCAACACCACAUUGCAAAACUUAUGAAUAUUCGAGUGGUACAUGUAAAUGUAAAUCUGGUGGAUGUAUUGGCGAUCAGACUUCUACAGGUAGGCCAACUGUACUUCAAAGUACAACUGGUACUCAAGGAUGCAGUCCCUGUAGUACAGAGUUUCCAAAUGCAAUCUGGUGUUCAGGUGCUUUGGAUGGACCAAAUCCCAAAGCAAUUGAUACUUGUAAAAAUGGAUACAUUAAAUCUGGAACUGUACCAAAUUCUUGUUUAGUGAUUGGUAGUAAAUGUACAGAUUGGUCAAGUACACCAGCAGCUACAACAACAGAUGCCACUUGCUUAAAAUGUGCACCUGGGACAUUUCUAGAUACUGACAAAUGUACUUUGUGUCCAGUAGCCUGCAAAGAAUGUAUUAGUGCAAGUAAAUGUACCUCUUGUGUUGCUACAAAUUCUGGAGUUCCUGCAAGUGCAGCACUUAAUUGUAUCGGUGAUAGUAGCGGUUGUCCUGCUGAUCCUGAUUGUGCUACCCCAUGGGUAAUUACUGCCCCUUCAACAUGUCAAUGUAUAAAAUGCGAUACUGGAAAAGUUUUCGAUCCUGCGAAUACUCCUAAUGAAGAGGGUGUUAUUGCUACAUGUACACCAAAAAAUUCUGAUGCUCUAACACCCAAUUGUAUAAUAGCUAAAAAAGGAGCUGGAACUGCUAACGAUUGCACAAAAUGUGAUUCAGGUUAUGUUUUGACAGGUGCAACAUGUACUGCUGAAGUGACAAACUGUAAAUCAGGCUAUUCGUUUGACAAUGCUGGCGUUGCGAACUGUAAGGUGACUGUUGUAAAUGCUGUUCUCAAGAGUGACUUUAGAUCAGCAGAAAUAGUCCCAACAGCAAAUCAGGGGGGCCCAAACUGCAUAGGUUAUAUAACAAAUGGUUCUCCAACUUUUUCAGGAGCAACUGGUAGAUGUACAGGCUGCUCUAAUGGAUUUACCCUUGAUACAUCAGUUGCAACUAACUAUCAAUGUAUUGACUGUACUAGUACAACAUUAGCCAAUUGCGCUUUAAUUAUUGGAUUAAAUGGCAACUGCAAAUGUGGAAAAUGUAUAGCUAACACAGCCUCAGUUUUAUAUUUUAUGAAGCUAGAUCAUUCUGGAUGUAUGGCUGUUAAUACCAUUCCUGGUUGUUCCGCAGAUAAACAUACACUAAGACUUAAAAGUUCAUCAUACAUUGUUGUCUGUAAGCAAUGUGAUGCAGGAAAACAAGCAUCAGCAGAUGCCCAAUCCUGCCUUGACUGUACGCAAACUUGUAAUGGAGGAACAAUAGCUGUUAAGGAAGGUAAAAGUACUUGUGAAUGCACAUGCGACCGGAAUGCAAAUAAAUUUUUAAAUACUGCCGGAGACAGUUGUAUUCUAUGUUCUACAACUCAGAUUGCCAACUGUGCAGAAUUUGAUUACGAUGGCACUAAUUGUAAAUGUACAAAAUGUAUGGAUAAUUUUCAAUUGAAAUCUGAUAAAUCAGCUUGUAUCAAUUGUCAAGCAACUACAGCUGGAGCUGUUGCUAAUUGUAAAGUUUGCGAGGUAAUUGGGUCAUUAACUGUUUCAGUUUCAAAAUGUAAAGAAUGUAUUGCUGGCUACAUACUAAAUUCCGCUGGAAAUUGUAUACAAUGUCCAGUAUCUCCUUUGACUUGUAGUGAAUGCAGAAUUGAUCCUGCCGAUAUUACAAGAACAUUAUGUUUAUCAUUUGGCUGUUCUUCAUACGCCCUCAAUGAUGCAGAUUUCACUUGCGUAUAUUGCGGCAAGACUAACUGUGCAAUAUGCGUAAGAGAUGUUAAUAAUAAUGAUAUAUGCUUAAAAUGUGAGAAUGGUUAUUACAUGGAUGACAAAGGAAAUUGUGAACCAUGCGUAGCUGGGUGUAGCUUCUGUCUAAAUGGAGAUUCUUGUCUUCCUAAUGGUUGCAAAAUUGGAUAUAUUCAGCAUAGGACUGAUGGCUCUUGCACACCAUGUAUAGGAACGGGAGUGUCCAGAUGUGUAUAUGAGACAGCAGUUAGUGAUGUACUUGUACCGAAAAUUUGUAUAGAAGGUUACACGCUGAACACUGCAAUAACACCUAUUACUUGUGAAAAAUGUGACGUGAACUGUAAGAAAUGUGAUAUAAACAAAAAGGGAAAAUGUGAUUCACAAAGUUGUAAAGACGGAUACUUCUAUGACUCAGUAGAGCAGAUAUGUUAUAAAAACAAAGAUAAUUGUAUAACAUCAUUAAGAAGUAAUGGUAAAACUAUAUGCAACAGUUGUAAUACAGCCACUGUUUUACUCUCAAGUGGUGAAUGUAUAGCAUGUCCUCCUGGUUGCAGGGAAUGUAAUUUUGAUGAAACACUUCAAAAUUAUGUUUGUAUUUCUUGUAAUGCCCAAUUCUAUAAAACGUCAGACGGUUUAUGCAAAGCUUGCCCGACUGGUUGCAGUGUUUGUUCUCUAAAUGGCGCAAAUGUUGAAUGUUCAAAUUGUCUGGCUACUUAUGGUUUGAAAGGAACUUCAUGUGAAUUAUGUGGCAUUGGACAAUGUCAAACAUGUUCCGUUCAGUCUGGUGGAAGUGGUCUUAUUUGUUUAACAUGUUCAAAUAAAUUCUAUUUGAAUUCCGAUGAUUGUGGGAAAUGUCCUAAUUUUUGUAUGGAAUGCUCACACAAUGGAACGUAUCAAUGUUCAAAAUGCUAUGCUGGUUAUGGUAUAGCACCUGAUGGAAGUUGUGUUCGCUGUCCACUAAAUUGUGAAAUGUGUAAAGUUAAUCAGGAUAAAACAACAGUUUGUAUUAAUUGUUCAUCAAAUGCCUUUUCACUCAAAGCUGAUGGAACAUGUGUAAAAUGUUCGGAAGCUGCUUUUACAAAUUGCGCAACAUGUGGUGCAACACCCUCUGGUGGGAAAGCAAAUUGUAUUAGCUGCGAAACAGGAUAUAGUUUACAAGAUAAUAAUUUAGCUUGUGUUCCAUGUUCAAUUAUCGGAUGUGGAUUAUGUUCUCAUGGUCGAAUAUGUUCGAAAUGUAAAUCAGGAUUCUAUUUACACAAUUACAAUAGAGAAUGUGCAAGAAAAUGUUACGAAUGCCGAGGAAAUCAAGAAGAUUGCGGAAAUGACGUGUCUGAUAUAAAGAAUGUGACAGACAAAGUGAAAAUAAUUGAUUGUGAGGAUGUUCCAAUGAAACUUGUACCACGUCAAAUGAGAAUGAAAAUUGCAAAACAAUAG